CCGGAGGACGCCGUACCGAGUCCUCACCGGAGGAAGCCGAACACCGACGAGCCGGUUUUUGAAUGCUGAUCCCAGUUCAGCUGGUUCAACCUUCUCUAAUCCUCUGAACCUCAGCGGUCCACCGACAGUAACAUUCGACUUCUUCAUCUUCGUCAUCUUUGUCUUCAUUGUGAGCAGACAUGCCCUCAGCGGUUGGUGGUCCUGUGGGAUACACCCCCCCUGAAGGUGGCUGGGGCUGGGCGGUGGUGGUGGGAGCCUUCAUCUCCAUUGGCUUCUCCUAUGCCUUCCCCAAGUCCAUCACAGUGUUCUUCAAAGAGAUAGAGGUCAUCUUCGAUGCCACACCAAGUCAGGUGUCCUGGAUCUCGUCCAUCAUGCUGGCUGUCAUGUAUGCUGGAGGCCCAAUCAGCAGCAUCCUUGUGAACAAAUUCGGCAGUCGACCAAUCAUCAUAGUCGGUGGUUGUCUGUCAGGGUCAGGACUGGUCGCAGCCUCUUUCUGCAACACUGUGGGGCAGCUCUACUUCUUCAUAGGAGUAGUGGGAGGUUUGGGACUUGCCUUCAACUUGAAUCCAGCCCUCACUAUGAUUGGAACAUACUUCUACAAGCGCCGGCCCAUCGCCAACGGCAUUGCUAUGGCAGGCAGCCCAGUGUUUCUGUCCACCCUGGCUCCUCUCAACACCUGGCUCUAUGAUGAGUUUGGGUGGAGAGGCAGCUUCCUGAUCCUGGGUGGACUUUUGCUCAACUGCUGUGUGGCCGGUUCCCUUAUGCGCCCCCUCAGACCCAAUCCUCAGCCCGCAAAGCUUGACUCAGAAGCCGGCGAGGCCAAGGCAUCGGAUUCAGUACAGCCACAGCAGAAGAAGACAUUCCUGCAAACCAUCAACUCCUUCAUUGACCUGACGCUGUUCAAACACCGCGGGUUCCUGUUGUACCUGAUGGGAAACUUUGUUAUGUUCUUCGGUCUCUUUGCUCCGCUCGUCUUCCUCUCUAAUUACGCCAAGAGUAAAGACAUCAGCAAAGAAAAGGCAGCCUUCCUUCUGUCAGUGCUGGCCUUUGUAGACAUGUUUGCCCGACCCUCCAUGGGCCUGCUGGCUAACACCAGGUGGAUCCGGCCGAGGGUGCAGUAUUUCUUUGCAGGUGCUGUCCUUUACAACGGUGUUUGUCACGUGCUGGCGCCACUGUCGGUGGACUAUACUGGAUUUGUGGUGUACGCCAUCUUCUUUGGUUUUGCAUUUGGCUGGCUGAGUGCAGUGUUGUUUGAGACACUGAUGGACCUGGUGGGGCCUCAGAGGUUUUCUUCAGCCGUGGGUCUUGUCACUAUAGUGGAGUGUGCACCGGUGCUGCUUGGCCCGCCGCUCACAGGUACUUUCUAUAACUACUAUCAACACUAUGACUACACCUACAUAACCUGUGGCAUCAUCCUCAUAAUCGCCAGCGUGAUGCUCUUUGUGGGAAUGGGCAUCAAUUACCACCUGCUGGAUCGAGAGAAGAAAGAGGAGGAGAGGCGAGAACGAGACGAGCCCAAAGAGGAGCGCACUGCCAUGCUGGCCCCUCCCUCUCCAUCCAAAUCAGAUGAGGAGGCGGGCGAGGAAAGCAACGUGCCAGGCGCCAUCAGAUUGGAGGAAGUGGCCAAAAUGGAUGAGGACACAGUGUAAAAAAAGAAAAAACAAACAGACUGGUGAAGGACGCACACACGGCUUUGCACACUUCACACUUCACACAUACAUUAGUUGCAGUUACUCAGUACAACCGCACACUGUCUUUAUAUAGUGAACAAGCCUAAAGCCAUAGAAACACUUAAAGGAUUCAAACCUGAGACCUGCUGCUGUGAUGUGAAGCUUAAAGCUGGCACCCGUCGUUUCACUGCGUUGAUACCGUUUAGUUUUGGUAUCAAACGUGCCUUCAGUAAACUCAAGUCCUCCGCACCAUGUUAACACCAGUUAUAAAAUAACCCAGUCAACUAAUGAGGACUUUACUCUCAGGGUCUUCUCACUAAUCACUCGUCCUCCACUCUGCCAACAGUUGUAUUUUUGCAGUAUGAUCAGAUACUGCAUUGUUCAUGUACAUUUCCUGCAACUCUGAGACCACAUAUCCAACAAGGGACUCGUGGUCUCAGGUUCUGCUCACGUGUCAGACUAAAAAAUAACUUCAAGAAGUUUAUUAUUUCAUUAACAGAACAGCAGCGAUAAUUUUAACCUUCAGUCAAGUAUAUGACGCAGAAAAACUCAGAAACGUUUAAAAAUACAAAGAUGUAGAAAAGUGAGAAAGUUGAAAACCGAUGUAGGAAUCAGGAGCGAGGAUCAGGCGUGUGCGUGUGUGCGUGUGCGUGUGCGUGUGCGUGUGUGUGCGUGUGCGUGCGUGUGCGUGCGUGCGUGCGUGUGUGUGUGUGCGUGUGUGUGUGCACUCGCUUGGAACACAGACACAAAACUGAUAAACGUUUGGAUCAGAUCAUGUUUUUUUGAGAUCAGCAUUUUCAUCAUGAACAAUUAAAAAAUGUACAUUUCUCAAAGUAACAUAAAAGAUUUCUAUGUGUUUUCUAUGUUGAUUCCUUGUUGAGCUGAUCUGAUGCUCGCUUCGUCUCUACCUCGCUCUAUCGUCUCUAUCGUCCUUAAAGUUAACGUCCACAUAGACGAUCAGAUGUCAGAGUUCCAGCCGCAGCUGUGUAUGAACCUGUGAGUGGCAUCAAUGCAGUUCACACACGAGAACUUCUUUCUAUCUCUUGUUCAUGCAUCUGUCUCUCAGUCUCUGUUGCACGUGGACUACGUGCACAAGCACCUGUGCUACCACCACAGACCGAAUCAGUUGUGUGGGGACAAACCUCGAGACAAACUCCAAUGAUGCUGAACAACACACAACAGUUCACACAUGUUUUGAAACGCAGGGAUCAAGCGAAAUUAAAUUUUUGCAUAAUUUCAAAAAAAUCAUGUGUGUACGCAUGUGUGCGUGCGUGCGUGCGCGUGUGUGUGUGUGUGUGUGUGUGUGUGUGUGUGUGUGUGUGUGUGCAUGUGGGCGUGUGGGCAUGUGUGUGUGUGUGUGUGUGCAGUUUAAACUGAAGCCUGGUUUCAUCAUUUCAGAAACUGCACUCUCAGCACAUUAAUAUCUAAACUGUGCGUCAUAUCAGAGCAAUGUUGUUGCUUAAAAUUAAUCACAGACAAGUCGAUGGUUAUUGAUUAGUGAUCAGUUUUAUUGAAGCGCGUCUUGGACUUGAAGAACCAGCCAGAACAAACAAACAAAAUAUAUGGAGGUUUUAAACAAUUCAUUAUUUGUUCUAAACUUAAAUGUUUAAUUGUUCAAAAACAUUUGUCUUGAACAAUGUUGAAAAAUGAUAGAAUGAAUUUUGGAAUGCUUUUAAAGAAAGGAUCAUUAUUUUUACUUUUUAGUACAUUUUUAUUAUUGUCAACACAUUCAUUGAAAAGACCAACAAUUAACGGAUCCUGCAAACCAGUAGGGCUCUGCAACUGAUAACAAUUUACAUUGUCAAGUUAUUUCAUUUUUAAAAUUUUAUAUAAAAUAUAUAAUAUCAGAUAAUAAACAAAUUUCCAACUCAACCCAGAUAAUCCACUUUACUGUUUAUGUAAUAUUCUCAUUCCAAAAGCUUGAAAACACAUAGAAUAUGAGUGGUGUUAUUCUUUAUAAUCUGAAAACAAUCAUGAUCUAAUGAGAAGGUUUUUUUUAGUGGAGCAGGAUUUUUCACACUGAAAGAUUUUCUGUCAAAGUGUAAAAUGACGACAUUGAGAAGACUGUACAGUAAAAUACCUUUGAUUAUUUUGAAAGCUGUUCUAAGCAUACAUGUCCAAAUUUAUUCCUUUUUAAAACCAAUGACUUACAGGAGGUAAGUCGUCCUAAAUGUUGUUUGGAUGUUAACACGCGUCUGUUUUUUGGUAAAGUUGGAUAUUUGUUUCAUUCUGCUUCUACCUGAAGUUCUCACUCGUCUCUUUAGUACAAUCUGAAAUAGAGGAUGAACACGUCAAUGUUUCAGUAGAAAUAAGAAAAGAAAAAUUAUUUGCAGACAAACUGAAAUAUGCUGACACGUAUUACAUGACAGGUAUAUUUUAAGUUACUCCAUUUCAAAAUUGACAAAAUCAAUCACUUAUUUUUUGCCUUUGAGAAGUGUGACUGAACAAAGUAGUGAAGGACUAGAACAAAAACAUUACAUAAAAAAACUUAGUCUUUCUAUUGCAGUUUUUUUUUUUUUUAAAUGGUACUGUACUUAGCCUCAGCACAUUUUUGUUUUAAAUAAGAAUAAAUCAAUGUAUUAACUUUCUGGAAAAUAACAUUUUCUUUUAUUUGCAUUAGAUGUUUUUAUCUUUGUAUGUGUGACGUGAUAAGAUGAAUGAGAGAAUAAACCGUUUUUAAAGCAAAA